AUGUGUCCAGUAAAGGGGCAAUGCUUCAAGAUACGGUUUGAUCAGCUGCUUAUACAGUGUAUAUUUCCUGUGUUAUCUUCUAAGGCUAUUUCAAUAGGCCAACUCGGGUUGAGAUCAUUAUAUUUUCUCAACCUUUUCCGUGUACUGCUUGGUGGUUUUCAAGAUUAUACAGUAUACCCCGUCCCACAAUCAUACAGUAUACCCCCACUUUACCUAGCAGAUAUAAAACACUACAACAGCACAUCAUUCA